CCCCCGCAGAGUUUGUGCAGCAUCCCCAGUCCAUUUCCAGGCCCGUGGGGACUACUGCCAUCUUCACGUGCGUGGCCCAAGGGGAACCACCCCCGCAGAUCACUUGGCUGAGGAACGGGCAGAUCCUGGAGACCAGCGACCACAUUAAGCUGAAGAAUAACAACAGCACUCUCUCCAUCUACGGGAUCAACCAGGCGGAUGAAGCCAUCUACCAGUGCAUCGCCGAGAACAGCGCCGGCUCCACGCAAGCCAGCGCUCGCCUGACGGUCCUGUGGGCAGAUGGGCUGCCCGGUCCUCCGCAGAGCGUGAAGGCUGAGACGGUCUCUGCAACCACCAUCCAGGUGUCUUGGAAAGAGCCUCUGCAGAACACCAAGGAGAUCAUCGGCUACGUGCUGCACAUUCGGAAAGCUGCAGAUCCCGUAGAGAUGGAGUAUCAGGAGGCUGUUAGCAAGAGCACCUUCCAGCAGCUAGUGACUGAUUUAGAGCCCUCGACCAGCUAUAGCUUUUAUAUAAAGGCUUACACCUCCCGGGGUGCCAGCAAAGCCUCAGAAGUCACAGUGGUGAGCACGCUGGGAGAAGUCCCAGCCAUGCCGUCCCUCUUUAUUAAAGUCAUUAACAGCACCACCGUCCGGGCUACGUGGGAGCCCUCCAUCAAACUGGGCCAGCACGAAGGCUUCAAGCUGUAUUACCGCAAGGUCCACCUCUCCCAGUACACGGGUCCGGUGCUACUGCCCAGCAACGUAACAGCGUACAACAUUACCCACCUGGAUGCGUCGGUGGUGUAUGAAGUCAAGCUCCUCGCCUAUAACCAGCACGGGGAUGGAAAUUCAACUGUCCGCUUCGUGUCCUUGAGGGAAACUGUGGAGAGGACAGUGCUGAAUCCCCCUUGCAAUUGCAUGAAGGACGAGCAGAACAAUAAAACCUCCACGACCGGCAUCAUCAUUGGGAUCCACAUCGGCGUCACGUGCAUCAUAUUCUGCGUCCUCUUCCUCAUGUUUGGGUACAGAGGAAGGCUGCUGAUGUGCAAAAACGUGCAGGAGCAGCUGUCAACCCCGCAGAUCCCCAGGAGCCAGCGAAAUGCCACGGGCCUCAUCCUGAACGGGGCCGCUCGCAGGGACAGGGAUGACCGGGACUUGAAUGGAAAGCAGCUGGACAUGAACGAGCUGGAGCGGUUAUUCCCAGCAUCCCCAUCCCAGGAGCAGCAGGAUAAGGGAAUAACG